AUGUCUUCACUAAGAAGUGCUAGUAUGGAAGACCUGAGCUUUAUUCUAGAAAUAUUUGCCUCCGCUGUUGAAAUGCUAAAAUCAAAGGACAUCGAUCAAUGGCAGAAUGGUUAUCCAAAUGAGGAACAAGCAGUGAUUGAUAUCCAAGGAAAGCAAAGUUAUAUCUUAACUUUCAAUGGGAAAGUGGCUGCUGUAGGUACAAUUACUACCGACAGAGAUCCUUCCUACUCGGCCAUUGAUGGGAGUUGGGCUGGUAAAGACGGCGACAAGUACGCCUCUCUGCAUCGAAUCGCAGUGUCUGAAGCCUUCAGAGGAAAACGCCUGGGUCAAUUAGUACUGUCCGCCCUGGUUGAAAAGUGUAAGGAAUUGGGUUUUAGUGAUAUAAGGGCCGAUACCCAUCGAGACAAUAACGCCAUGCGAAAAUUAUUAUCCGCUAACAGCUUUGAAUAUCGAGGAAUAAUUUCUAAAAACAACAACUGUUCCAUGCGACUUGCUUACCAGUUACAUCUAGAUAGGUAG